AUGGCCCCGAAAGGUUCCAGGCGUUUCAACGGCAAGAGUCGUAGUGGCUGCAGCCAGUGCAAGCGACGCCGCGUCAAGUGCGAUCGUGUCGGUCCUAUUUGCUCCAACUGCUCUCGUCGACAGGAACCUUGCAGUUACCUCGGUUUGUUGGCCACUGUCCUGGAUAAUGCCAAUGCCGCCUCUGGUGGUGCUCCAUCAUCAAGUCGAGAUGUAGCCCCCGGCCAGGGCCAGGCAGCCGCCGCCCAACCAUCGACCCGCGAUUCUCUCACUCCGCUCCCCGCUGAAAUAUCAAAGGCCGACGAGGCCGAGCUCAAGCAACACUUUUCCGCCCACGCCUGGCAGACCUUUUCCCUGCUCCCGGAUCCCAAGCAAUGCGACGUCUUCUCCCGUUGGAUCCCCCAGCUGGCCACGCGCCACGUCUUCAUCCACCAGGCCAUGCUCUCCCUCUCCGCCCUCCACCUGUGUUACCUCGCCCCGCCCGACGUCAAGCGAUACUACGCCCUGGCCUACCAGUACUCCAUCCAAGCCAGUAACUACUUCCGCCUCGCCGUCCGCGAUGUCAACGAAGACAACUGGCUCCUCAUUGUCAUGUUUUACAUGUGCAACGGCAUCUUCAAUUUCUACCGGCCCUUCAUGGAUGAGAAGAUCAUGCGCAUCCCGUGCACCCUAACCCCGGCCGCUUCACUGCACGCCAUGCGCUCUGGCGGUCAAUUCGCCGACUCCAUCCGUGGCUACCUGGAACGAAGCCCCAUCCGCGCCAAGCUCCAGCAGGUAGACCAAGACGCAUGGGCACGCGAUCCAGAGAACCGCGCCCCGACGGCCCUAGCCAAGCUGGCCGCCCUGGAACAAUGGCUCCGCCAUCAUGGUGGUUCGGACCAGACCGGCGGCGGCGGCGGCGGCGGCCUGUCAUCACACGACGCCGCGACCUACUCCGCCGCCCUCGACGCCCUGGCCGACUGGGUCCGCGGUCUCCCCGGCGGCAAGCCCCGCAUGUCCUGCCACUUCGUCGCCUGGCCCACCGUCCUCUCCGAAGCCUACUACUCCCUCCUCGAAGCCAACGACCCCAUGGCGCUCGUCCUCUUCUUGAUCUGGAACGGCGCCAUGUCGCACAUGCCGCGCCGCUGGUACAUGGUCGACUGGUUCGCGCGGACCGGAAGCGUCGCCGCCGCCGAACUGGAGAAGCAGUCCCCGUCUCCUCUGCACCGGCUCUGGGAGAGCUUGGAAAGCGAGGGAGACGGCACGUCAGAUACGGGCACGAGCACGUGCUGCGGUCCCGGAGCUUCUUCUUCCUCUGUCGAGGGAGCUGUGCCGAGUCAGAGGACCACCGCGAGCGGGGUCGAGAACUGCGAGGAGGGAGACGACGGUGAGCAGCAGGCGCCUGUUCAUAAUGCCUUGCCGGAAUGGAGUCCACAGACCUUAAGCCAUUCAUCAUUUCCUAUCCUUCCCCAUUAG